GACGCAGCUGUUUUGUUAAAUAAAACGCCUCUGUCAGUGCAGCGGGACAUGGCGGCGCUGCUGAGAGGUCUGCGGGCUGGAAGGGCACUCCGGGGGAUAGGAGGCGCUUUGGUGGCACCAACAGCAACAAGUCCCAGGUGCAGAAGCCUGAGUAGAGGCUUCCACUGUGCAGCGCUGAGGCUUCAGGAUGAAUCUAAAUCUGACAAACCCCCAUCCUCCUCAUCCACAAACUAUCAUGAACACUACCAGGCUCACCCAACUGACCAGGACACAACAGCAGCGUCACAGGGAGAUUCUGCAGAUUACCUAGCAGCAGAUGAGGCUUUCAAGACAAACACUAGUUAUCAGGAUCAGAGCGGAGAGCAGGGUGAAGAAUACGAAACAGAAGAACAGCUUCAAGCUCGAAUCCUAAGCGCGUCUUUGGAGUUUGUCCAAGAGCACGGCUGGUCGAUGGAAGCCAUUGCAGCUGGUGCUGAGACACUGGGUCUGUCUUCUGCUUCCACUGGUAUGUUCAACAAUGGAGCUGGAGACUUGGUCCUACAUUUCAUUGCACAGUGCAACCUACAGCUGACAGAGAUCCUGGCUGAACAACACAAGCAGGUCCAACUGGGCCAGGCUGAACCAAAGCAUACUUCUGACCUUCUAAGAGAUGCUGUAGAGACCAGACUGAGGAUGUACAUCCCCUACAUUCAGACGUGGCCACAGGCGAUGAGCAUCCUGCUCCUCCCUCACAACAUCCCAGACAGCCUGAAGCACCUAUCUAACAUGGUGGACGACAUAUGGUACUACGCUGGAGACCGAUCCACAGACAUGAACUGGUACACCAAACGGGCAGUGCUGACCGGCAUCUACAACACGACCGAACUGGUGAUGGUUCAGGAUUCCUCUGAAGACUUCCAGGACACAUGGAACUUCCUCGACAACCGUAUUCAGGAUGUAGUCAACAUGGCAUCCACUGCCAAACAGGUGCAGUCGACUGGUGAAGCAGUUGUGCAGGGGCUAAUGGGAGCUGCUGUAACCCUGAAAAACCUAACAGGAUUGAACCAGAGGCGGUGAUUACACGGAUCUUGACAGAAAAUCUAAUUUGUGUCUUUACCUUUUAGAUCAUUUGCUUUUUGCUUUUUGUUUGAUCACCAGUAUAAAAUGACUCUGUAAGUAUUAGGUUCUGAAUCUUGCUCAGCAAGACAGAGAGCCAUAAUUUGACACAGACGACACAGUGCUUUUUCUGUUCACCUGCAGAUCAGUAGCUUUGUCUAGUUUUUUAGACCCCCAUCUUUGUAUAAAAGGUCACAGAUUUGUUAUUUUGCUGUUGGAUCAAAUGAGACUUCAAUAAAAUAAAUACUAUAUUGUA